CGUCUUUCUCCCUGUCUCCUCCCGUCUCUCUCUCUCUCCCCCUUCUCCCCUCCUCUCUCUCCCUGUCUCUCGUCUCUCUCUCUCUCUCUCUCUCUCUCUCCCCAGCUCUCUCUUUCUCCCCCCCCACACACUCUCAGCAUGUUGUGACCUGUGUGAUGUAAAUCCUUUCUCUUUAUUAGAAGAAUAAGUCAAACUGAAGACACACCUCCUCAAACUGGAGGGAACAGAUAAGAGAGAGAGGAGGAGAGAUACAAACAGACAGAUAUACAGAGAGAGAGGGAGAGAGAAAGAGGAAAGAAAAGCAGCUAAAGCAAGAGAAGAUGGUAAUAUGAGAGAGUGUCAUUCCUGAAACAGAAAUUUAAUCCUUGUGUCCCUGUGAGGAAACUUCACCGCUCCACAUCUUCCACACACAUCAUGGAAAAUAACACAAGCUUUAAUACCACUCAUGAUUCCCAAAGACUUGAGACGGUCUCAUUUGUUAUCGGUGCCUUCAUUCUGGCCAUCGUCUUCAUCCUGGGCGUCCCAGGAAACCUCUUCAUCAUAUGGAGCAUCCUGGCACGUGCCCGUAAACGCUCAGUGACCACCCUGAUCAUUCUGAACCUGGCGUGUGCCGACGGCUCAAUCAUGUGCCUCACCGUGUUCUUCAUCGUAUACCUGGCCAGGCAGUCCUGGGAGUUCGGAAGCAGCAUGUGCAAGCUGCUCUUCUACCUGUGCAACACCAACAUGUAUGCCUCCAUCAUGCUCAUCACACUCAUGAGUAUGUACCGGCUGGUGACCGUGCUGCGACCACAACGUACUCAUAUCUUCACACGCAGGAGAAACGUACUGACCAUCCUCACCAUACUGUGGGUGCUCGUCUUCACACUCGCCAUCCCUGCUCUAAUAUUCAGGGACAUAAGAGAGGAAAAUAAUCAGAUCCUGUGUUCACACAAUCACACAGAGCCCAAAUACGAGGUGUUCCAACUGAGCAUGGAGACGGUGGUGGGGUUCCUGAUCCCGUACGGAAUCAUCAUCGGCAGUUACGUGUGCAUUCUCCGCCACAUGCGACAGAAACAGCUUCAGAAGCGAGUGCGCAGUGAGAAACUCAUCCUCGCCAUCAUCAUCACCUUCGCUGCUUUCUGGCUGCCGUAUCACAUCAUCAACAUCGUGCAGGUGGUGUCUGCGUGUAUAACAGAGCAGCCUAAGCUGAAAGGAAUAUUGGACAAGAUUGCAAGCUCGUGUCGAGCCACCACCUCCUCUCUGGCCUUCAUUAGCAGCUGUGCUAACCCAGUGCUGUAUGCGCUAGCAGGGCGCUCGUACAUCCAUGCAGAUGGACUGUCCUUCAUGGCCCGGCUGUUUGAGAGCGCGGGGUCCGAGACCAUCAGUGGAACACUCCGAAUUCACCGCAAAGUCAGCAGAGCAGGACUGGCAAUGCUCGGGCUGAAGAACUCCAACACAAACAGCACAAACCAAAGCUAACAAACUGAUCUGUGAAUGACAAGAUUACACAAAGAUGUUUUAUAUAUAUAUACAGUGGUGCUUGAAAGUUUGUGAACCCUUUAGAAUUUUCUAUAUUUCUGCAUAAAUAUGACCUAAA